AUGGGGGACGUCACUCCACCCAGGAAUGCUCAAGUUAUCGAGGUCAACGGUAUCACUGUUGACCCCAAGAAACACUAUGCUGAGAACGCAAAGCAUACUGAUCACAUCAUUAUCACCCUUAAAGACAUCCUUACCCAGGAACAACAAAUCACACUAGAAGACCUUGGAGUGGACAUCAUGGAGGACCUUGGCAAUCUCAAUUAUCUCUGUCACUAUGAUCCUCCAGACCUUAAACCCAUUCGAGACCUAACGACAUUCGUCCGUCAGGUCGAUGUUUACCGAAAUAUCAUGAAGAUCCCCAAAAACUUGCGCGAUGUUCUUGAUAACGUUCUCAAGUCACGGUCGGAGAAGGAAGUCAUCCCCUGCACAUUGGACGUCAUGAUCCAUAACUCUGAAGUCGAUGAAGGCACCGUUGCAGAUUACAUAGCAGCCAACACGGAUCUGAACCGCGCUGAAUUUGAGCUGAGUGGUGGCAAAAUACGCCUUACCGCAACCUGGCAACAGCUGCAGACUAUUGUUCAAGAUGACAAUGUCCGCAUCAUUGAGGAGGUCAUUGUGCCAGAGCUCCAUGACAGCAACGCAGUCGAGAUUGUGAUGGGUGGUGUCCACUCAAAUGAGGCGGCAAUGACUCUGUCGUCUUAUCAGGGCAAGGGACAAACCAUCGCAGUCAACGAUACGGGAUUCGAUUUAGGAAGUCGUAGCGACUGCCACCCCGCCUUCAGGGGCAGUAUCGAACGACUCAUCUCUGUUGGGCGAGCGAAGGGGCCAACUGACACCAGUCCUGCCGCAGGGACCGUCGACGAUCCUCAAGGUCAUGGCACACACGUCUGUGGCACCAUCGUCGCAAGGGGCAUCCAUACAGACCAUGGCCUUGUGACUGGCGUUGCCCCAGAAGCAAAGUUGGUCAUGACCUCACUGCUUGAAGACACUCGCACUCUCAAGGCAAUGAUAGAUGUCAAGACCCUGUUUGAGGAGCCGUACCAAAACCACAAGGCUUUUAUCCACUCCAACUCCUGGGGCGAUCCUCUUGGCUUCUACUACGGCCAGAGGGCCUAUGGCGACAGCGCAAGCGCCAUCGAUAGAUUCGUAUGCAACAAUCCACAAGCCCUCAUCAUCUUCUCUGCCGGCAACAACAACGAGAAGAUGCUGGAUAAGCAUCCUAAGAACCAAAUCAAACCAUCCAUCGGAUCGCAAGCCGCCGCGAAGAACUGCUUGACUGUUGGAGCAUCUGGCACAACGCGCAAGCUCACCCCCGAGACAGCUGUCACGGCAGAUAGCGCGAAAACAGCACAAGCUGAGCUCGCCGUCUUCAACCCAGACAUGGUCCUCAGCGACAGUUCUCGCGGCCCCACGGUGGAGAUGCGUACUAAACCUGAUGUCGUGGCACCUGGUUACAAUAUCUUUUCCGCCUACUCCAGACACCCUCGCGUCACUUACUCCGCUGCUCAGGCGAAGAGCGAGGAAUACGCCAAUGCCCUCUGGAAAGUCCGGAGCGGUACAAGCCACGCGACGCCGCUUGUCGCUGGCUGCGCUGCAAUUCUGCGCGAGAUCUAUCAAGAGAAGAACGGCGGCCUUCCCCCAUCGUCACCGCCUGCUGCACUUCUCAAAGCGAUCAUCAUCAACGGCGCCAACAGGCUUCCCAAUGUUGAUAAGGAAGCCCAAGGCUUUGGCCGGGUAAAUCUGCAGAAUUCAGCCUCCAUGCUCAAAACCCGUGCCGUGCACCAUGAGACUCUGUCAAGCACAACCACCCUCCCCUCAUACCCCGGCGGCACACUCAUCGGACCACCGCUCAAGCACCUCGAAACACUCUCCUUCAGCCUUGAUCCGCCUAGUCCCGAUCUCUUCGGCAAUGAAGACAGAAGCAAGUUCGAGCUCAAGGUUACCAUGGUCUACAACGACCUUCCUGGUGCGAUGAUGCAGAACAAUCUGAACCUGGCCGUCAUUGAUCACUCUGCGGAUGCGCUUCACCAUGGUGGCGUCUCCGAGGACGAUAUGAGUAAGCAGAACAAUGUAGAGCAGGUUACCCUUUGCCCGGUGCCUCGGACUCCGGUCACUGUACGAGUCGUCGCGCAGAAGAUGAUUAACCCUGCUGAGGGGACGCAGGAUUUUGCUUUGGCAUGGUCGGUUACAAGGGUAUAUGCUGGAUUUGAAGAAUAA